CAGCAACGAAGUCUGCAGCAGUGAGCAGUGUGCAUAUGUAACACUACAAUCCGAGAGACAGGAAUCCCCUGUACUACAGGAGGAACCGCGGGAUCUGCACCCCCAGGAACCUCCAGACAUACACAGGAUAUCACCUACCUCUCAUUCACAGUCAGUACUAGUCUUCUCUCCAUCCAGGAUCUCCCCUCUAAGCAGGUACCUUCCUCCAUUCCAUAUCGUUGAGAGUUCCUACAACUGGGCAUCGAACCUCCAUCCUGGAGAACACAAGUAGGUGGUCAUGAUCCUGCUGGGCUCUGUAGAAGGAGAUCCGACCUACGAUUGACUCCUGGAAGACGGAGCCUCGUAUUUUUUUUUUAUUAAGGAUUGUACCUAUUGAGGAUUUCCCUUCUCCCACGGCUGGCGUGCUUUAAAUAAAAGACAGCAUCACAAGGAGAUUCCUGAGCGUCUAUAAACCAAGGAACCCUGCAUCUGAAACAUCGUAUCUCCCAUCACGUUGGUUAUCCCCAAAUCCAUCUGUAAUCUCUUCUUUGAGGGCUGCAUCCUACAGGAGAAUUACACGGAUGCCUGUUUGCUCUAAAGAGAUUUUCCUUAUUUAAGACUUUCUAUUUAGACCCCAGCUGACCAUGCCAGGCAACCCUUUUAAUCCACUACCACUCUCCCUAAUUGACCUACCCCUCCUGUUCCUGCUAAUGGAGUAGAUUCACAGCUCCGAAGGAUUUCCGAGGAUUCUGUGCCAUCAAGACAUAGAGAUAAAACCUGUAUAAGAGCAUCUCUUUGCAAAUGUACAGAAAUCUCUUCUAUGGAGCAGGGUAAUGGGGAUUUUAGAAAACUCUAGGCAUCUGUAGAAGGUUGUAUACAGGCCAGUCUACCUCCAUCUCCAGGGGUUUGGAUUUUAAACUUUGCACUAUGUCCCUCCCCCCUCUCCAGCCAUUUGAUGGAAUCCAUGCAGAGAGUUAAAGGAAUCUCCCAUCAGAUAUUACCUCUGGAUCUGUCUGCAAAAGCUCCACACUUUGAAAUACCCCAUAUAUCCUCUUCCACUAGGAUUUCAUCUAAAUCAUCUUAAUCCUAUUGCUAUAUACUAUAUAUACAUCUAUUUUUUUUUUUAUUACGAACAAAAAAUUUGAAAUCUUUUGUAUUUCUUAACACAUUUAUGGUCUUCCGGUGGCUUUAUUUACCAUGUAUGAAAACGUGGAUGUACCAGGGUUGGGUACCAGCCCAACGCAUUACCACAUGAUGGAUUUCUAUACACAGAACAGGGCCUGUAUCAUGCCGGAUAAAGGAAUUGGGGCAAUUCAUCCAUUCGGGACACCAAUCCGGAAUCAGCACUGGAGCCAUUCCAACCAUUCUAUUGAGACCCAGAGCACCAGUUCGGAGGAAAUUGUCCCCAGCCCCCCCUCUCCACCACCUCUCCCCAGAAUCUACAAACCCUGUUUCGUGUGUCAAGACAAGAGUUCUGGUUAUCACUAUGGAGUCAGUGCCUGCGAGGGCUGUAAGGGUUUUUUCCGACGCAGCAUACAGAAAAACAUGGUGUACACAUGUCACCGGGACAAGAACUGCAUCAUAAACAAAGUCACGCGGAACCGCUGCCAGUACUGCCGGCUACAGAAAUGCUUCGAGGUUGGCAUGUCCAAAGAAUCUGUACGCAACGACCGCAACAAGAAAAAGAAGGAUCCCCCAAAACCCGAAGUCACAGAGAGCUACGUGCUGAGCCCGGAGACUGAAAACCUGAUCGAGAAAGUGCGAAAAGCUCACCAGGAAACCUUCCCUUCACUGUGCCAGCUGGGCAAAUACACUACAAAUUUCAGCUCAGAGCAGCGAGUCUCCCUGGACAUCGAUCUCUGGGAUAAGUUCAGUGAGCUGUCCACUAAAUGUAUAAUCAAGACGGUGGAAUUUGCCAAACAGUUACCGGGAUUUACCACUCUUACCAUAGCCGAUCAAAUAACCCUCCUUAAAGCCGCCUGCCUGGACAUCCUGAUCCUACGAAUUUGUAUACGCUACACGCCCGACCAGGAUACCAUGACUUUCUCAGAUGGCCUGACCCUUAACCGGACGCAGAUGCACAAUGCCGGCUUCGGGCCUCUCACAGAUCUAGUCUUUGCCUUCGCCAACCAGCUGCUACCGCUAGAAAUGGACGACGCAGAGACCGGGCUCCUGAGCGCCAUUUGUCUCAUCUCUGGAGAUCGACAGGACCUGGAGCAGCCGGAUAAGGUGGACAAGUUACAGGAACCACUUCUGGAGGCCCUUAAAAUCUACGUCAGGAGGAGAAGACCCAAAAAACCCCACAUGUUUCCCAAAAUGUUGAUGAAGAUCACAGACUUGCGAAGCAUCAGUGCCAAGGGUGCUGAACGUGUAAUCACUCUCAAGAUGGAAAUCCCGGGAUCCAUGCCUCCUCUUAUCCAGGAGAUGCUAGAGAACUCUGAAGGCCUAGACAACACGGGAGCAGCGUCUCCUACUAUGCCUCCUACCCCUGUCCCCCCAGGGAGCUGCAGCCCUAGUCUUUCUCCCAGCUCUACACACAGUAGCCCAUCAUCACACUCACCCUGACCAUUCGCCAGCCAGCACGGCAACGUGGCACAGAGACUCACCAGCUCAUUCACAGACUUCUCAGCUCCUCUUAACUUGUUACUCCUCUCAAGCCUUCGCUUUUUCCCCUACAUCCUUUCGUCCUCCCUUGGAUCUCCUACACUGUACCAUGCUUUACCUUUCCACUGUUCUCUCUUUAAACCUCAACCGGGAAUCAUCACUGUGCUAUUUUUAGUCCUGGGACAUAGUCUCUGUGAGGAUGAUCCAGGCAUGGACGUGUAAGCCCUCAGUCCCCUCAUUUCCUCAAGAUUCAACCUUGUGCCUCUGGACAGGACUCUUCGCACACCCCCUGGAUGGAGAACGGACUCAUAAAGAGACUAAGAUUGAGCAGAAUCUCGCACUAUGUCCAUGCAAUCGGGGUGGAAGGAGCGGCUUAAGGGAUGUUCUCAGACCGCUAAAGAGAUGACCACUUUGCGCAGGAGAAUUAUGCUGGUUCAUUAACUCCAUUCACUGCCAUUUUUUUUGCACCCCCAAAGCACUCUGCUGCAAAAACAGCAAAAUCCAUUUUACAAGCAGUUUCUGGACCUUUACAUAGGAUAAUAUCAGUGCCGCUUGAGGUAUUGUAACUGGAAAAAAAAAAUCAUGCAUUUUAGGAUCUUAUAUAAAUUGGUGCAAAAGGAAAAAAAAAAAAAAAAAAGAUAAAAUUGUAAAGUAUAUAUAUAUAUUUUUGCUACAUUUUUCCCCCU